AUGGCCAGUCCCAAUGGAUUAAAGGCCAUCCUCAAGCCAGAUCAUCCAAACAUUUCUAAUGGAACGCUGCAUCAGGGUCCUAUCAUUGACUCCCUGAAGUAUUUCCAAACACUUUGGUUCAAGAUUCCCAAGAUCCACAGUGAUAUACAUCAGUGCAAAUAUCCACCUAUCCUACCAACCCCUGAGACAUUGGUUAGUUAUAGUUUGGACAGUUCAAGGGAAUCAAAGUUCUAUCUCCUGGGAGGAGGUAUCAAUGGACUCCCCCUACUUACUCUACCUCCAUCUCUGCUUCAUUCAGUGGAACAAUCAGUGUUGAAAGAGUCAGGGGGAGGCUCUCAUCAAGCUGGAAGCAUCCUGAAACUCAAAUGUGAAACCUCUGGUUUCCAAUUCAAGACAAGCAAACUUGGCUGGUACCUUUGGGCACCUGGUAAUGCCCCACUAGGAUUGACCAAUCUCAGCAGUAGUUCAACAGAUGUCACUGAAGACCGAAUCACCACCUCCAGGGAGGACAGUAGGAGCCGAAUUUUCCUACAGAUUAAGGACCUGGGUCUCAGAGAUUCUGGCCAAUACCAUUGUGUAAGGAGGGUGGGCCCUGGAGAUGACACAGACAAAUUGGUCUUUGGUCUUGGGACAGAUGUGACUGUGGAGACUGGACUUGGAAACCCACUAUCACCCAGUGUGUUCUUGGUGAGGAGUCAGGAUGCUAUGGCCUGCCUGAUCAGGAAUUUCUACCCCAAGGAAAUCCAUGUGUCCUUGGCAUCCUCUGGGCCUUUGAUCUCAGCCCAGACUCAUACUCUGGGUCCCAUGGCCAAUGGCAAUUACAAUGCCAUCCAGAUUGGCAGGGUUGGUGAGAAUCAUACAGUAACCUGCACAGUGAAGCACAUUGGAAAAGAGAUGAAUAUGUCCCACAAGCCAGGUAUGAUUAGCCCCUGGGGUGAAGAAGACUGAGAACAGGGGUAUUUUAGUCUAAGAAGGGACAUUGUAUGUUCACUGAAGAACAGGGACAGGGAUAUAGGCUGUCUGGGGAUGGGAUAAUACAAAAUGCUGAGUAAAAUUUUAAGCAAAAGAAA